AUGGUCCACUUCUUCGGCGGCCACGUCUCGACGGCCAAGCCGCUUCUUGUUCACGUCCCCGAGGGCAUGGUGCUGACCGUCGUCUCGGCCACGAUCAGCUCCGGCGCCUCCGCGGUCCUCUCCGUCGAGACCACCGGCCUCGACAACAGCCUCGUCAAGGUCGCGCUCUGCACGCUGCGGGCCAAGACCACCGACCAGGUCAAGCUCGACGUGGUCUUUGGCGCCACCAAGACCAAGCUCAGCGUCGUUGGCGACGGUGUCGUGCAUCUUGCCGGCUACUACCAGCCAGGCCCGCCGGAAGAGUCGGUCGGCGACCACGCCGAGGCCAUCAACAAGCUCACGGUCGACGACCUCCAGGAGCUCAUCCAGAAGGCCGCCGCCCGCAUCGCCCACAACGACGAGCUCGCGGGCGAGCCGCACGUGUCGAAGAAGCGCCCGCGUCAGCCCCAGGCCGAGGAACCCACGGCCCAGGACGACGACGAGGCUUCGGACGCCGAGACGACGCCCACCAAGAAGCCGUCGCCCUCAAGCCCAAAGAAGAACAAGAGCAAGAAGAAGGUCCUUCUCUCGACGCCCAACUAA